AUGAAAUAAAAUAAUUACAAACCUUCUUAAGUCGAUCUUUCUAGUAUUGCUGAAUAAUCAAACACACAAUCAGAUGUAGAAUUAGAAUAAAUAGACAUGGCAAAAAUGAAUUGUUAUGAGUAUUAUACAGCUUUGGAUCCUUAAUCAACCCAAGUCUUCUAAAUUGAAGGUGAGUAUCAUAUUAAAGAAAUGUUUAAUCGCUUGAUAAAGAAAGUUAUUGACAAAGCAUAAGAAAAUGAAAUCUUAAGAAAGUUACCUACUGUCUCUGCAUCCAAUUCAUUAAAUCUUUUAGUAAUGCCUUUGGCCCAAGCAUUCUAUAAACCUGAAAAUCCCAUUAGAGACAUUCAAAGUGGUGGGUUAGGCGAGGACUUCGAACCUGUACACAAUUUAAUUAUUUUAAGUUACACAUUUAACAGGAAUAAUGGUUGACAUCUAAAAUUAACAUGGAAAUCAAACCAGAAAAUAGGCCUAAUACUUGUUAGACAUCAAGUCCAAUGACAUUUGCAAGAUCUAAAGUUUUUGUAAUUCAAUUAAUAAUUUUAGGAUUAAUAAACAAUUAAAGAAAAGAAAUAGUUAGAUCCUAUGCCUAUAGAUUUAGUUGAUCCAUUAGAUAUUAGUAUAACAGAAGAGCAAUUGAGAAAUGAAAAGGAAAGAUAAACAAAAGAGAAAUUAGAAUUAAAUGAGGCAGAAAAAAGAAGGAAACUUAAAGAAGAAAAGGAAGAAUAAUUAAAAUAUGAAUUGAUGGCCAAAGAUAAGAAAUCCAAGUAAUAUACUUAUGAUUAUGAUGGAAAAUUGAUAUCUGUUAACACUGCAAAAGGAACAAAAUUACCUCCUCCAGCAUCAACUUUGGCGUACAAUUCAAUAUUUUUUAAGAUCUAAAUUUGAAGAAGAUCAAUCUACAAAAAUAAAUCCAAAAAAGAAAUAUAAUAAAGUUCCUUGGAAUAAUAAGAAAACUGAUGAUGAGAAGGAUAAGGAAAAAGAUACAUUCAAGUUCAAUCAAAUAGCUCCUUUAGUUGUAGAGAAUAUGAAUUUAUAACCAGGAAUUGUAGUAACUCAUGAAGGUAGAAUCAAAGAGGGCACCAGACCAAAUACGGUUGAUUUACAAAAUAUGAAUAAUCCAGCACUAAGAAUGGCAAGAAAUGAAUAUCUUAGUCUUACUCAAUAAAUGAAUUCAACAAUUAACAAUAAUAUCUAAGUUCAUGCAGAAGAUAAGCCAAUAAAAGAGAUUGAUAAAGGCAAGGGAUUCAAUUAUGAUAGAUUCAAGAGACUUACCCAGUAAUCAAACAAUUAAUUGGGAGUUAUAAAGUAAUAUUAAUUAUUGAAUAAAUAGAAUUAACUCUACUAAAAUAUUUGAAUAAUUGGCACAAGCCUUUUUUGAGGAACCUGAAGAAUUACCAAAAAUUAUUAAUUAAUAAACAUCAAAGAGCUCUUAAGAAAACACAUUAAAAGGAGUUAAAAGUCCUGUUGAUUAAUUUAACUUAUCCUUAUAUAAAAAUAAUGUUGUAGGCAAAGAUUAAUAAAAUGAAAUUGGAAUAAAUUAUGAAAAAUUAAAAACUCUUAAAGCCAAUUCAAGGUAUUAAUAUAAUCAUUUUAGAGAUUUGAAAUCCUCUAUAGGUUCAAGAUCCAAUAGGCCAAGAGAAAGAAAAAUGUUAUCAGAAUAAAGUACAUUACCUACUGUAAGAAGCCAAAAAAACUUUAAAUUAUGAUCACUUUUGUUGUAUAUAAUUUAUUGACAAUGAGUGUGAUUAAUUAUUUUAUUAUUAUUAUGGAAUUAUUAAGAGAUCCAUCGCAUGAUAGAGUUGUGAAAACAUUAAAGCCACCUCCUCAUCGUCCUCUCUCACAUUAACUCAUAUUUCCAGACAAGCUAAAAAGUAUCUAACAUAAUAACAUUAGAUAAACCUGACUGGAGAUUAUUAUUAGAUCAUUUAUCUAAAGAGGGAAGAAUCGCAAAAGAAGAUCUUAUCAAAUUAGUUUCAGAAUGCAAUAAAAUAUUUAGUAACUUUUACUUAAAACAUCAGAAAAUGAGGGAAAUCUCAUUUAUUUGCAUGAUCCUUUAACAGUUGUUGGGGAUAUUCAUGGCCAAUAUUAUGAUUUAGUGAAAAUGUUUGAUGUGGGAGGCAACAUAGAAUCUACAAAAUAUCUAUUUCUGGGUGAUUUUGUUGACAGAGGUUCAUUUUCCAUCGAAGUGAUUGUCCUAGUUUAUGCAAUUAAAAUCAACUUUCCAAAUACUGUUUUUUUCUUAAGAGGAAACCAUGAAUGUAGACAGCUUACAAGCUUUUUCAAUUUUAAGGACGAAUGUAUACAAAAAAAAACCCUCUCAUCAAGGCCUCUAUAAGUAUGACC